GUUGCUGUUUGCUGAAAACCGUCGGAGUGGUUGCUCACAGGCAACCGUGGCCAAUGCCACAGGCGCAGCCCGCCCUGAGAAGUGGACUUUCAGCGUUAAAGCCAACCCCGCCUGACUGUUGGACCAUAAGGGACUGAGUCAGCCAUGUCCGAGGUUAAUAAAGAUGUGAUAGACCUGGUUUGGGGGAGACCCUCGGGAGGAGGGGUGUCCACCUCCAUCUUCAGAAGAUGGUCCCAAGGGUUUGUUUUUAGUGAGUAUGAGCAAACGGCACUGGAGCAGUUUGAAGGAGGGCCAUGUGCUGUAAUUGCACCUGUCCAGGCAUUCCUUUUAAAGAACAUCCUCUUCAGCAGAGAAAGCUCAAACUGGAGACAGCUGUCAGAGGAGGAGCAGAGGACGGCGUUGUGCUCAACACUCAGUGAGAUCCUAGAGUCCGCCUGUGCCGGCCCCACCUCAGGAUUCUGCCUGGUGACCUGGGCUAAGGGACAAAGCCCAAAGACUAGCGUGCUGUCCAAGAGUCUGACUGCAUCUCAAACACAGGACUCGUCAGAAGCAGAGAGCAGCCAGCCACAACAGGAACCAGAACCCACUGCUCUGGCUGCUGAGGACCUGGGCUUUGAGCAGUUCCACAGCGCUCUCCACCAGCGAACGGUGCUGUCAGUGGCUGACCUCAGAGAAGAGGUGCUGUCGCUGCACCACUCCUGGAGGGGGUGCUGUGGUGUUUUGCUUUUCUUGUAUUCUGUCAUCAUCACAAAGGGCAUAGAGAAUAUUAGAAAUGAGAUCCAGGACCCCACAGAGCCCCUCAUAGACCCCAUUCAUGGCCAUGGAAGUCAGAGCCUGGUGAACCUUCUUGUUACUGGCCAUGCCGUCUCUAAUGUUUGGGAUGGAGACAGGGAAUGCUCUGGCAUGAAGCUACAUGGAGUCCAUAAACAAGCAUCCGUCGGCUUCCUCACACUCAUGGAGUCGCUGCGCUACUGCAAGGUCGGAACAUUCCUCAAGUCUCCAAAGUUCCCUAUUUGGAUUCUUGGCAGUGAAACUCAUCUCUCUGUAUUCUUCACCAAGGAACUGUCGCUCGUAGGUCCAGAGUCUCCGUCGGAACAGGCCAGAAGGGUUUUCCAGUCAUUCGAUCCUGAAGAUAACGGCUUCAUCCCAGACUCUCUGCUGGAGGACGUCAUGAAAGCUCUGGACCUCGUCUCUGAGCCUGAGUACGUCGGCCUGGUGAGGAACAAGCUCGACCCGGAGAGCCUGGGCAUCAUUCUCCUGGGCCCGUUUCUGCUGGAGUUCUUCCCAGAUCAGGAUUCUGGAAUCCCGGACUCGUUUCCCGUCCUCCACUACAACGGACUCAAACAGUCCAACCACAAAGAAAAAGUGGAGUACGUGGAGGGGACAGCUCUGGUGCUCGGCUUUGAGGACCCGAUGGUCCGUACUGACGACACUCCGGUGAAGCGCUGCCUACAGACCAAGUGGCCCUACAUCGAGCUGCUGUGGACCACCAACCGCUCUCCGUCGCUGAACUAGCUCUGAUCGUGUGUGUGUGUGUGUGUGUGUGCGCGCGUGUGUGUGUGUGUGGUUUGAUCACCACCUCCCCAAACACUCGACCCCCUUAAACUUCCCCCAUGAAAGGUCAGCAGAGACGGAGACACAUGAGAAGGAGGACAAACAAGACAAGCAUGUUCAUGGAGUCAUCAUUUAAACCAGAUUCAUCCCGUCACACACACACACACACACACACACACACACACACACACACUCCGCUCUGUUAUCUGUUCUCCGUGGUUAUUAUUUACAGGCAGGAUGUUGAUGAGAAACGGAGCUCUAGUUUAUUUUUGCUGCUCCGCUGCGAGCCCACAGCUUCUGCUAGUUUAGUGGAAACGACAAGUUUGACUCGCUCACCGAGUCCCGUAGAGCCAGGCGACUGGAGAACUAAUCCUAAUCCUAAUCCAGCUACGGGACAGCCUACCAAAGCCUUCCACGUACAACACACACACACACACCACAGUUUACAGUCUGAGGGACCAACCCACACACAGAUCCUAGCUGGAGGUUUUUGGUGUUUUAACUAAGAAGUUGGUUCUGGUGCUCCGUGGGCUUCGGGCACCACCCCAGGGUGUUGGCCUCGUGCUCGUAUUUAUUAUCACCUGCAGACGUUGUCAAAUAAACUCUUUUUGUUCA